GCGGGGGGAGCCGGCGGCCGCCGCUGCCGCCACGGGCCCCGCGGCCCCGCCGGCCAGGCCCGCCGCCCUCGGUCCGCGCCCUUCCUCCUCCUCCUUCUCCUUCUCCUCCUCCUCCUCUGCCGCCGCCGCCGCCUCGGUCGCCGCCGCCCGCGCCGCCCGAGCCCCCAGCGCGCAGCUGAGUCCGCGCCCGGCCGCGCCGGCCCCUUCCCAUGCGGGCGGCGCGGGCCCUGGGAGGGGCGCCCGCAGCCAGCCGCGCAGCAUGCACUGGGGGGUUGCCUUUGCCUCGUCCAGGCCGUGCGUGGUGGAUCUGAGCUGGAACCAGAGCGUCUCCUUCUUCGGCUGGUGGGCCGGGUCCGAGGAGCCCUUCUCCUUUUAUGGGGACAUCAUCGCUUUCCCUUUGCAGGAUUACGGUGGGAUCAUGGCAGGGCUGGGCUCCGAUCCCUGGUGGAAGAAAACCCUUUACUUGACCGGGGGAGCUUUGCUGGCCGCGGCUGCGUAUCUGCUCCACGAACUCCUGGUCAUUAGGAAACAGCAAGAGAUUGACUCCAAAGAUGCUAUUAUUUUGCAUCAGUUUGCAAGACCUAACAAUGGUGUCCCCAGUUUAUCUCCUUUCUGUUUGAAAAUGGAAACUUAUUUAAGGAUGGCUGACUUACCCUAUCAGAACUAUUUUGGUGGAAAACUCUCUGCUCAAGGGAAAAUGCCUUGGAUUGAAUAUAACCAUGAAAAAGUUUCUGGCACAGAAUUCAUCAUUGACUUUCUGGAAGAGAAACUUGGAGUGAAUUUAAACAAAAACCUUGGUCCUCAUGAAAGAGCCAUCUCCAGGGCGGUGACCAAGAUGGUGGAGGAACAUUUCUACUGGACGUUAGCAUAUUGCCAGUGGGUGGACAAUCUCAAUGAAACCCGGAAGAUGCUCUCUCUUAGUGGUGGUGGUCCCUUCAGUAACCUGCUGAGGUGGGUCGUGUGCCACAUAACGAAAGGAAUUGUGAAACGGGAGAUGCACGGCCACGGCAUUGGCCGCUUCUCAGAGGAAGAGAUUUACAUGCUGAUGGAGAAGGACAUGCGGUCUUUAGCAGGGCUUUUGGGUGAUAAGAAGUACAUGAUGGGGCCCAAGCUUUCCACUCUCGACGCCACUGUCUUUGGACACUUGGCCCAGGCAAUGUGGACCUUACCUGGGACGAGACCUGAGCGGCUGAUCAAAGGUGAGCUGAUCAACCUUGCCAUGUACUGUGAGAGGAUAAGGAGGAAAUUCUGGCCGGAGUGGCACCAUGAUGAUGACAACACCAUCUACGAGUCCGAGGAGAGCAGCGAAGGCAGCAAGACCCACACGCCCCUGCUGGAUUUCAGCUUUUACUCAAGGACAGAGACCUUUGAAGAUGAGGGGGCAGAGAACAGUUUUUCCAGAACCCCAGACACGGAUUUCACUGGGCACUCGCUCUUUGAUUCUGAUGUGGACAUGGAUGACUACACAGACCACGAACAGUGCAAGUGACGUUCAGCCUCGCUGACCCUCUUCUGUCGGCGCUGCCACUCCCUGGGUCGGUCCAGUUUCCCAGGUAGAAAUCUGUCCGAGCUGGGAGGAGAUCUUCGUGCUUGGCACAGCUCUCACAGCUAACUGGAUUCUAGCAGCCUUAUUUCUCUUUUGUACAAACAAAACACAGAACCAUUCAGAUGGCUCCAUUUAAAACAAACAGACAAAAAAAAAUGUCAGCAUGGUUCCUGAAAUCCAUUUUUGUUUUCAUUAGAAAACUUAAUAUUGUGUGGUAGAGCAGGUGCAAGAACGAGUUGUCCGCAGAUGGUGUUUAGGUUGAUCCUCUUCAACGCGAGGGCUUAGUUGCGAGAUGGAUUCUUGAACAUCUUUCGUCCGGGUUCAAAGUAAUGAGAGAUGUCAUCAGAAGAAAUGUAGGAGAUAAAUGUUCUUUGGUGGCUGCUUGUAUUUUAUGUGUGCAUAUUGUAUGUUGAGAUAUAAGUCAAAUAAAAUCCAUAGAUAUUCAGUGAACACCUACUCUGUGCAAAGCACUGUGCUAGGUGCUAUUCGGCAUAAGUUUUAUUCUAAGCCCUGCCAGUGACAAGCUUUGUGAUUUCGGGCAAGUCCCUUAAUUCUUGUGUGCCUCAUUUCCCCCACCUGUAAAGUGGGGAUAACAAUACUCUCCACCUACCUACCUCACAGGGGUGUUGUGAGGAUUCAUGUGGUAACAUUCGGCGCUUUAAACCUCUUGGAAGAAGUGAGACAUAAACACCUUUUAUUCUUCCAUGUGCUUCAUUUGUGUGAAGAUUUGAGGGCAAAGGAAUUCCAUAUCCAGGAAACAGCAGCCACACUCACUCGCAAGCAGAAGAAACAGACACAAAGGCACAGUUAGGACUCUAUCAUCAUUCCUCUGUCAUCUGGCUUGAAUUGAAAUCUUUUGUUCAAAGAAACUUGGAGAUAUUUUUACAAAUCAUCAACAGCUACAAACGGUCUUCAUUUCUACUGCGUAUUUGCAGGAAAGUCCUUCUUUCGUUGCCUGAAUGCACUCUGGAAUGUUGUCCUUCAUCAACUCUCGAGUGUUAAGUUGCCUGUGUUUGACUUACUUGGAGGGAAUAAAGCUCAGGAAUAUGAGGGGUUUGAUAGAGGUGAAGGGGAAAGUGUAUGCUUGAGUUUUGUAAGCAGAAGCUUGCCAACUUGUAAUGUCUUUUUGAAAGCAAACCUUGCAAGAUGUCUUGAAAGAUGAAGUAGGAAGAAGAUGUUACUGAUAACAAAGCACUUUGUGCAGUGUAGACCCUAUGCAGUUUUUCUAAUGCAACUUUUCUGGUGUUCUCAGCCAUUGCCCAGUGAGAGGAAGGCCAUGCUGAGGACAAGUCUUAAUGUUUCUUGAGGAUCUCCCAUCCCCUCCCUGUACCGCCUCUCCCUCCCUGUGGAGCAACAUGAACUCUUGGAGUUACUGUAUUUACUGACACACUCUAUCUCGGAAUACAUAGUUUUUGUUGACUUAGAACAUUUUCCAGUGAAAUAGGGGUUGAAGAUCUUGGGGUGAUGACUAUGGAUUUGGGCUUCUGACCACACCUGACUGACUGGGUAAGGGUUACUCAUUCUGGGGUUAAAGAAGCACUUCUUAAAAGACAGCAACUUCUUCUGGGAAGUUCAUGUACUUUAAUUGAAAAAAACUCUCUUUGAAUAUAGCUUUUGCAAAACAAUCCUAAAAUGCUGUGGAUUACAAGAGGUAAAGGGAAGAGUUUUUGAGGCUGUUUACCAUUUAAGUAACUGUGUAGCACAUACGGAACUGGGAAGAAAUGCUGAGAUAACCUAAGUCAGAAAUUCUUAUUCCACAGAAAACUCAAUUGUUAAUGUCUUAUUAAAACCAUUCAUCUUUGA